AUGCAAACGAUAGACAUACCUUCCAAUGAAGGGCUAAUAGUUGAUGAUGAGCCAAACGACAUGUCAACUGUCCUAGAAUCCAAAGCAUCUACCAUGACAUUCAACAUUGAUCUUGAUGACUACUCUCCCUCACCUCAAAAAGAGUCUCAAGAACAUGAUGAUACUGAAGAAGCGAAGUUCUCUUCUUUUCCACCAGAUCCUCCUAAGGACGAUGAUACUCCAGCAGAUACAAAUGAAGCAAAUACAUAUGAACCAGAGUUGAGCGUUGUCUUCAAGUCUAAGAAAGAGUUAGUCAAAGAGGCUCAACAAAAGGUGGAUGAGGAAUUGGAAAAUGAUCUUCACGGAGAGCAAUUAAAGGAUAAUCAAGAGGUGCUUCUUGAAAAGAAAUCUUCAGAGAUCUCUCCUGAAGAAACGAACACAUGGCAUGAUGAACAAUUCUGA